UCCUGCAUUCAGUCUGAUUCAAGUCUUUCAACGGGAAUAGUCAUGCAAAUAUAUUGGAUUCUGGUGCUUCUCUUCCUGCAAGUAGAAGCAGACGUGACUCUAUCAACGGAAAAUAGCUUCGAGAGGAGUGCUGUGAGAACUCAGUGCAUUGGGAAAUUGCAAUUGAAUGAACUAAUUGGUUGGGUAUUCCGUUUCCAGCACUGUGAGAUGACCCGCGAUGAGGACGAUGAGCGGUGUGGUGCCAUUUGCUAUCCGGUUGUGAAGCCGCUACUCCGGUACGCGGCCCUAUGCCAGGGGAAGGAUGCAACGAUUAACGAUCUCAAGGAUGAAAUCCGAAAGAAAGAUGUUUACAUCGCCCAAUUGGAAAGCAAGCUUGAGCUUGCCAAGUCAAUGGAAACUCAGGCAAGUAAACAGAUGGAGGAUCUCAAGGUGCAACUUAAGGUAAACGAGAUGCUGAAACAGAUGGAGCAUCUUAAACAACAGACGGAUGCCAAAAUUAAGAGCUCGUAUCAACAGCUGAAAGAUAAGGAAACUGAAUUGCACCUGAAAGCAAUCAAAAUUUUGAAAAUUGAGAAAGAUUUUAAAGAUCGUGAGGCCGAAAUCGUUGACAAGAAAGACCAGAUCUCAAAAAUGGAAAUGCAAACACAAUCUAGAGAGGCCCAAAUUCAAUCAAAGGAUAAAUCAAUCAGAGAACUGGAGGAUCAAGCGAAUUCCCUCAAACAAAAGCUGAAAGACAUCUCGGAGGCAAGCAGUUGUCUGCCAUUCACAAACUCCACUAAAAUCCAUACCAUAAGUUUGCCCGGAAUAGAUCCAUUCGUUGUGCCCUGUAAUUCCAGUGUGUCCCGAUCUGGCUGGACGGUCAUCCAGAGACGAGUCAACGGCCUUGUAGACUUUAAUCGGAACUGGAUCGACUACAAACUUGGGUUCGGAGACCUACGGGAAAACUUCUUCUUGGGUCUGGAAAAAAUCCAUCGAAUGACCCUGCUCCAGCCUCACGAGCUGUACAUCCAGCUCCAAGAUGUCAAUGGAGAAACCAGCUAUGCUCGAUACGACGAUUUUAAAAUAGGAAGCGAAGAGGAAGACUACAAGCUGAAAUCGUUGGGAAAAUAUUCAGGAACAGCCGGCGAUUCACUGGAUUAUCACCUAAACAUGAAGUUUUCCACUUUGGACCGGGAUAAUGACACUAGUGAGAAAAAUAAUUGCGCGAAACAUCAUGGAGGCGGUUGGUGGUUUUCUUAUUGCGCACAAAGUUUUCUUAAUGGAAAAUAUUAUGAAGAUGGUAAAAGUGGAACAAGUGACGAUUACGGCAUUAUUUGGGGUUCUUGGCAGAAAUAUAACUACGAGAUCUCGCUUACUUUUUCUCAAAUUAUGAUAAGGCCAAAAACACUAAAAAAUUCAUAUUUUUUAAUGAAUACGUGAACAAAAAAACGGAGUUUCGGAUUUCCUUGAUUUCAAUGCGCAGCCUGUGAAGAUCGUCUAGGAUUUCCUCAAUCCUCGGCCCCAUUCGAUGCUCAAAGAUGAUGUCAAAGAAACCCUGAUUCCGACGAUUGCCGCGUGCACAGAUCGCUUCCACUUUCUCUGCGUCCUAUUCCGAACUGGACUCUGGAACUGGCACUGAAAGGUGGCUGGUGGUUUCCUGACAGCG